UGGGCGGGGCCUGAGGUACCUCCUCCGUCGAGGCAAACACACCUGCGGCUGAGAGCGGAGCAGCCGCCGGAGGAAGAGCAGCUGCAGCCGGAGAUCCCCGAGUCCCCCAGGAGCAGGCAGGCGGGUAGGCUGCCGGCAGCAUGGAGAAGGCACACAGCAAAACGGUGGAGGAAGUUCUCGCUCACUUCGGGGUGAAUGAGAACACAGGCCUCAGUCAGGAGCAAGUGAAGCUAAAUCUCGAGCGGUGGGGGCACAACGAAUUGCCAGCUGAAGAAGGGAAGUCGCUGUGGCAGCUUGUGCUGGAGCAGUUUGAGGAGCUGCUGGUGCGAAUUCUCCUGCUGGCUGCCUGCGUCUCGUUUGUCCUGGCAUGGUUUGAAGAAGCCGAAACCAUCACUGCCUUUGUGGAACCCUUUGUGAUUCUUCUGAUCCUGAUAGUGAAUGCUCUGGUCGGUGUGUGGCAGGAAAGGAACGCGGAGAAUGCUAUCGAAGCACUGAAGGAGUAUGAACCAGAGAUGGGUAAGGUUCACCGAAUGGACAGGAAGGCUGUGCAGAGAAUCAAAGCCCGGGAUAUUGUACCUGGAGACAUUGUGGAAAUUGCAGUUGGAGAUAAAGUUCCUGCUGACAUCCGGAUUAUCAGCAUCAAGUCUACGACCCUCCGAGUUGAUCAGUCUAUCCUCACAGGGGAAUCUGUCUCUGUUAUCAAGCACAGUGACCCUGUACCAGACCCUCGAGCUGUGAACCAGGACAAGAAGAACAUGCUGUUUUCGGGCACCAACAUUGCAUCUGGGAAGGCGACUGGUAUUGUUGUGGCUACAGGAGUCCACACGGAGAUUGGCAAGAUUCGGAACCAGAUGGCAUCCACCGUGAAUGAGAAGACCCCUCUCCAGCAGAAACUGGAUGAGUUUGGGCAGCAGCUGUCAAAGGUGAUCUCCCUCAUCUGUGUCGCCGUCUGGGUGAUCAACAUCGGGCACUUCAAUGACCCGGUCCAUGGCGGCUCCUGGGUCCGUGGUGCCAUCUACUACUUCAAAAUAGCGGUGGCACUGGCUGUGGCUGCCAUUCCUGAGGGCCUACCUGCUGUGAUCACCACCUGCCUAGCCCUGGGCACUCGGCGCAUGGCGAAGAAGAAUGCCAUUGUGAGGAGCCUUCCCUCGGUGGAGACAUUGGGCUGUACGUCAAUAAUCUGCUCCGACAAGACUGGAACACUCACCACCAAUCAGAUGUCUGUCUGUAAGAUGUUCAUCGUUGAUUCAGUGGUGGGAGAUAACUGCAAACUCCAUGAGUUCAACAUCACUGGGUCCACCUACGCCCCAGAGGGCCAAGUAUUAAUGGGAGACAAACCUGUCCAGCCCAGUAACUACAGUGGGCUGGUGGAGCUGGCUACUAUCUGUGCACUGUGUAAUGAUUCUUCCUUGGACUUCAAUGAGGCAAAAGGGGUUUAUGAGAAGGUUGGUGAAGCUACAGAAACUGCUCUCACCUGUUUAGUUGAAAAGAUGAACGUUUUCAACACUGAUCUCCACGGUCUCACCAAAGUGGAAAGAGCCACUUAUUGUAACACUACCAUCAAACAACUCAUGAGGAAGGAAGUGACCCUUGAAUUCUCCCGCGAUCGCAAAUCCAUGUCUGUCUAUUGCUCUCCGACCAAGACCAUGGGGGAUUCAGGAAGCAAAAUGUUUGUGAAGGGAGCUCCAGAGGGGAUCAUUGAACGUUGCAACUACAUUCGUUGUGGUACAUUGAAGGUGGCCCUGAACCCUCGUUUGAAGGAAAAGAUCAUGAGUGUAAUCAAGGAAUGGGGGACAGGACGGGACACCCUCCGCUGCCUCGCACUGGCAACCCGAGACCACCCACCCCGGAAGGAGGACAUGGACUUGGAGGACCCUACAAAAUUUGUCAAGUACGAGACUGACCUUACGUUUGUUGGCUGUGUCGGGAUGCUGGACCCACCGAGAAAGGAAGUUGUCAAUUCCAUAAAGAUGUGUGAGAAGGCAGGCAUCCGUGUCAUCAUGAUCACCGGUGACAACAAAGGCACUGCCGUCGCCAUUUGCCGGCGGAUUGGAAUCUUCCAGGAGGACGAAGACGUGACUGAGAAGGCCUACACUGGCCGGGAGUUUGACGAUCUGACCCCAGAGGAGCAGCGAGAGGCCUGCCGCUCCACCUGCUGCUUUGCUCGUGUUGAACCUGCACACAAGUCCAAAAUCAUCGAGUACCUUCAGUCCUUCGACGAGAUCACAGCUAUGACUGGCGAUGGUGUUAAUGAUGCUCCUGCUCUAAAGAAGGCAGAAAUUGGGAUUGCGAUGGGCUCAGGCACUGCCGUAGCUAAGACAGCUGCCGAAAUGGUGCUGUCCGAUGACAAUUUUUCCACCAUAGUCUCCGCAGUUGAGGAAGGCCGAGCCAUUUACAACAACAUGAAGCAGUUUAUCCGCUACCUCAUCUCCUCCAACGUGGGUGAAGUUGUCUGCAUUUUCCUGACUGCUAUCCUGGGCUUGCCUGAAGCUUUGAUCCCUGUCCAGCUACUCUGGGUUAACCUGGUAACUGAUGGUCUACCAGCCACAGCACUGGGCUUCAAUCCUCCUGACCUGGAGAUCAUGAACAAACCACCGCGUAAUCCCAAAGAGUCCCUCAUCAGUGGCUGGUUAUUCUUCCGCUACAUUGCCAUUGGAGUUUAUGUCGGCUUGGCAACAGUUGGAGCAGCCACCUGGUGGUUCAUGUACGAUGAAGAUGGUCCACAGGUCACCUUCAAUCAACUGCGGCACUUCAUGCAAUGCACACCAGACCACCCACUCUACCAAGACUUGGAAUGUAAAAUCUUUGAGUCUCGCUACCCCACAACCAUGGCAUUGUCUGUCCUGGUGACCAUUGAAAUGUGCAACGCAUUAAACAGCCUGUCAGAAAACCAGUCCCUGCUGAGAAUGCCUCCAUGGGUAAACAUCUGGCUUUUGGGAACCAUCUGCAUCUCCAUGUCACUGCAUUUCCUGAUUCUGUAUGUGGAGCCAUUGCCUCUGAUUUUCCAGGUGACGGCUCUGAACUGGCCUCAGUGGGUCGUGGUCCUGAAGAUUUCGCUGCCUGUCAUCUUGCUGGACGAAUCGCUCAAAUACAUAUCCCGUAACUACAUUGAGGAUGAAGAAGAGAAUAAGUACCGGAAGCGAAGACAACUGAAGUUCUAGGAGAAUGCCUGGGGUUCUCACUCCUGGAGUGUCAUGUGCAUUGACUGCCACAUGAUCCGACCCACAUGGAGUGUGCGGGUGAACAACUUGCCAUCUCCAGUUUUGUAGCUGUCUCAGUGUAUACGUGUGCAAUAACUGGACUCCUGGUUUUUAAUGGAUGUGUGAGUGUCUGUGACAGUAAAACAGUCAACUGGAAUGAAGGCUAAAAACAGAACAAGGGGAUUCUUGAGCAUUCUGCAGAAUGGUGUGGUAAUUAGCUGAAUAUUUCCUGCUAACAGUGUCUUUGCCUGUGUUUGUGAUGUGCUAUGGGACAUCGCUGCCCCCUAUGUAACUCCCACAAAUUCAGGGAAAGACACAAAGGUCAUUUGUUAAUUGCUUUCUUUUGGCUUCUCUCCCUUGGAAACCGGGCUCACCUCCUUCUCUGCUGUAGUAAGGAAGUCAUGUUUACAUCGUUCCUCAUUGCAGUUUGCACUCUGUUGUAUCGAGGCAAGAGCAAACUGCAACAGUUUGGGGCAUCCAUGUGUUCCGGUCUCUCAGACAGCUGAGUUGAGGGCUAAAAACAGAAAAGUUAGCUUCCAAUUUGCCUGCAGACCUGUUGCGCAGCAUGAGGGAGGAGUUCCAUACGCCCACUCUUGUGCUUUCUGCUUGUUUACUGUUAAGCCAUAAGCCUGUGCAAAUCUGAAACAUAAAGACAGUGGCAGUGAGUUUUUGAAAAUGCCAUAAAGUGAUGGCAUUUGAUUAAAAUGUAAAAUUGGGAUUUUGCUGCAAACCCCCACCUCCACCCCCACCUCCCACCUCCACCCCCACCCCCACCCCCACCUUCACCCCCACCUCCCCACCUCCCCACCUCCCCACUCCCACCUCCCUACCCCCACCCCACCUCCCCAUUAGGAUUUGGUCCCAAUAUAGGGAAAAGCCAGCAAGUUAACCAAAAACAGGUUACUGUGAUAUUUGACUGUCCCUUUCUAAUUUGUAGCACAUUCCCAAAUGUACCCAUCCAGGGUGAGAAACCAGUGAUAUUUGGAAUGGCCCUCUGCUUUGAGUGUACAACUCUCACUUUCUCUCCUGACACUGGCUCCAUUGCUCACCCUGUCUUUAGAUCCAACACCUCUAGCAUGGAGACAUUCUAACGCUCAUUCUGCAGAAUUCUUACCCGCUAAGUUGGAUGUGAGGUCUAGAUUUUGUUUUUUGCACCCUAUUUUGAAUCAAAGAUCACCCAUAGUCACUUAUCCAUCCGCAGACAGAUAUAUGCUUCCCCAUCAGUCCUGUCUCUCACAUCCACACGCACACACCCUUCCAAUUUUACCAGGUGAAUAAUCCCAGUGGUUUGGUUACUAAUAGAAUUGCUGCCCCAGGAGAAACCUCUUCUUUCUUUUUAAAUGUGUAGAAACACUCCAUCUUACAUCUUCAGAGCAGCAGCAUUACCACCUCUCACACUGCAGAAUGUAUGACUGUACUAAGUAACAAGAGAGUAAAAUUGCACAAAUUGUUUUCACUGUAAUGGCCACAUCCUGGAUUUAAAAAGAUUUUCUUUCCCAUAUUUUCCUCCGGCAUUUUACAGAUGAUAAUUGGGUUGACCAAGUGUGGAUCUUGGAGACUGCUUUCUUUUAACACAAUUCUUCCUCCGGUGUGGUCUAUUAGCUGUUUUGAAUGUGGGAUGGGUGUGUGGGUAAUUCAGGGAGACUGAGUUUGUGUAGCAGUAAAUCUUUGUCAGUCAAAGCACAGUAUAAUAGGUACAUGAUCAGGUUUCUUAUUUUCACACUGCGUUCAGGAAUUUCAAACAGCAUUGGAGGAGCUGGUUGCUAAUUUGAUUCUCUCCGCAGUUUGCCUAUUCCUGGUGCCACUAGCAUCAGCGUACAAUUCAACAUGCUCUAUUUAACCCAGUCAAAUGGAGGUAGCUUUAUUAGAAGGUGUUAUUCAAGCAGGCUAUCAGCUAGAAAUGCUGCCAGGACCUUGCCCCUUGUUGCUACGCAGAGCAACGUUGUUAGCUCAUUCCAUGAGUAUUUCUUCCUGCACCAGUCUCCAGGGUCGAAGUGACAAAGGGGAUUCUUCAACCCCGACAGCCUAACAUUCGGCCUGCUUUAACCACUCUGCACCUCGAUCCACAGAGUGGGAAGCAGAGAGAGAAACCAUUGUGCAGAUUCUCGACACCAGGGAAUCAUUUUCUCACUCUGUUUCCUGUUUAAAAUCGUUGGGCAGAAUGGUUUUGGAGUUGGGCUGGCUGGUGGGUUAGCUGUUGUAAGGCACGGGGAAGGGGAGCAGUAAGACAUGUGGCCACAGUGGCACUUUACCAGCAGCAGGAGCCUGACAUCAUGCUCACACAGUUCAGGUACAUCGGUGGCCACUUUAAGGGCUACCCCCCCCACCCCCUGCCUAUUUUUCUCAUGUCAGGAGAACCUGGCGCUGCCAGCAGAUUGCUGACCUGCCAAAGGCUUGCUCCAUACCCACCAUACCCACAUUGGUAGCCAAGUGCCAAUGGUGCACCACCCUCUGAUUGGACAUCAACCCCCUUUGGGGUUCUGCUCCUGGCAAAGGUCUGAUAAUUGGACUCACCAAAUGGAUUUGUCCCUCAGUUUGAGACACUGAAACAGGCUGAGAGGUGAGUAUUAUCUAGCCUGAGUUGGUCAACUGUGUAAGAUGCGUGUGAAAAUCUUCCUCACCUUUUAGAUAUUGGUUCCCUGAGCCAAUCAAGCUGUGUAGAAUACAUGGAGGAAGUGAGAUCUGCAGAUUCUGGAGAUCGAAGAGUGUGGUGCUGGAAAAACGCAGCAGGUCAGGCAGCUUC